CCCAGCUGGGCGCCCACGGGCUGGAGGGCCGGCCGGAGCCGCCCCCUUCCUGCUGCCCGGCAGCGCCCGGGCCCCGCGCCCCGGCCGCGCCCGCCCAGACCGGCCCAAGCGAGCGCAGCGCCGGAGCGGGAGCGGGAGCCAGAGCCGGAGCCGGACCGGCUGCAGAGGGCCAGGUUCCAGAGAGCCACGUGUUCAGGACAAGGCAGCAAGCAGCUACAGCCGGCUCCAAAGGGAAUGAGCAUCUGCAGCCCCCCGCAGGCAGCCCCCCGCACCUGUCCCCCGAGGAAGCUGGUGACGCAGACCGAGCCGCCCAGAAGGAGAAGCUGCAUGAGGAGCUGAAGAGAGUCCUGCAGAGGAAAGGCGAAAGCCAGCGCAGCUCCGAAGAGGCUGGGGCAGCCGAGGAAGAGGAGAGGGGGGAGCGCCUGGCCCCAGCCAAGAUGGAGGCGCAGUUGAGCUCCAUGGAGAAGACUAUUGAGACCUCCGAGCUGCUGGAGAUCAUCGUGGAGACUGAGGCGGAAGCCGGGGUCAGCGGGAUGAGCGUGGCCGGAGGGGGAAAGAGCGGCCUCUUCGUCAAGGACGUCCUGAAGGACUCGCCUGCUGCUCGGGCGUUGAGCCUCCGUGAAGGCGACCAGCUCCUGAGUGCCAGAGUCUAUUUUGACAACAUCAAGUAUGAAGACGCCUUGCAGAUCCUCAAGUGUGCCGAGCCGUACAAGAUCUCCUUUUGCCUGAAACGGACCGUACCCAGCACUGACGUCUCCCGCAAGCCUGGAGCCACCACCUUUGAAGUCAGGGGCCCCAAAGCCAAGAUGGCCAAACUGAACAUCCAGAGCCUGACUUCGCUGAAGAAAAAGAAGAAGAAGGCAGCGGCGGCGGCUGCAAAGGCAAAGGACCUGCAGGUGGUGUCAGGGGUGUCCUGGAGCGGGGAUGUGGCUGGCGGCAAGCUGGACGUGGCUCCUGUCGACGUGGAGUUCUCUCUGCCCAAGUUCUCCAAGCUGCGCAAGGCUAAGAGCGCAGGAGAAGUGGCCGUUUCGGAGUCCAGCCCGGACAUCUCUCCUCGCCUGUCUUCCCUGGAGACCAAGCGGCGCAGGCUGAAGUUCCCCAGGUUGAAGGUUAAAGAGGCUGCAGCAGCGAGAGCCAAGGGAGCUGGGGGCUGGCUGGAGGUGGGCCUGCCCAAGGCUGCGGUGGAGGCGAAAGCAGCAGGCGGCCUCUCCCGCUUCAGCGUGCCCUUCGGCAAGACCAAGAGGGCGGGGGCCAAGGCGGAAGGAGAGUUCCAAGCCCCACAGGUGGAGCUCGACCUGCCACUGCCCAAAGCUGGGCCCGGCAGAGGGUCCCCCAAAGGCAGAGUCCAGGCCACCCAGUUUGGCCUGCCCAAGGUGGAGGCCUCCCUGCCCAAAGUCAGCGGGUUGGAGAUCCCAGAAGGGGGUCUCCAGGCCGGGCUGAAGCUGCCUGCGGCCGAAGUGGCAGCCCCCAAGGUGGACGUUGAUCUGUCCUUCCCUGGGCUGGAGAGAGCCGCCCCAGAGAUGACCCCUAAAGGGGAAGGCUUCAAGAUCAGGGCCCCCAAGUUUGGGGUCUCUGCUGAGGAGGCGGAGCUGAAAGCACCCAGCGUCAAGGUCCCUGCUGUCGAAGUGGCCCUGGGCAAAAUGGAAGAGCGGGAGGAGGAGAAGCUGAAGGCGGAGGUGGCUCUGCCCCGCCUGGAGGUGGGGAUCCCCUCAGUGGAGCUGGAGAUGCCCCUGCCCAAGGGGAAGGCUGAAGCGGAGCUCCCAAGUGUCUCCACCAAGGUGCCUUUGCUCAGCCUGCCCAAGCUGGGCUCCAGAGCCCCCCUGGAGAAAGGGGAAGAAGAAGAAGGCAGGCUGCCCCAGGUGGAGCUCAGCAUGGGGAGGCAUGAAAGCCCCAAGGCGAAAGCCAAAGGCGCCAAGAUCCAGCUCCCAGGGUUCGGGAUCUCCCUGACGGAACGCAAGCCAGAGAGCAAAGAGGGGGCCAUGUUCCCCGAGGUGAAGGUUCCAUCUCUGGACAUCGCUCUCCCCAAAGUGGGCGAUGUGCAGCUUUCCAGGCCCAUGGUGGAGGUGGCAGCCCCCGCCGGGAGGCCAAAGUCAGGAGAGGUUGCCGAAGCACCCGGGUUCAAGUUCCAGUUGCCCCAGGUGUCUCUCCCAAAGUUUGACCUCUCUGCCAAGGCAGACUCCCUGCCCCAGAUGCACACCCAGGUGCCCAGGCUGGAAGGUGAGCCCGGCGUGAAGGUCAGCGUCCCCAAGGUGGACCUCUCCUUGCCGGCAAUGAGGCUGCCGGACAUGCAGCUGCCCAAGGCCCCCGUGCCCAGGCCAGAGUUGGACAUCUCCAUGGAGAAGCCGCGGGUGGAGGUGGCCGUCCCUUCCGCUCGCCUGAGCUGUCCGUCGGCUGCCGUGCCGGCACUGGACAUUGACUUGCCCAAAGUUGGGCUUGAACUGGAUCUGCCAAAGGUGGAGAGGGAGCCGGCGGCCUCUGAGCAGCUGCCCCGGGGAAAUGAGGUCAAGUUCAGGGUGCCCUCGCCCAAGGCUGUGAGCAGAGACUUGGAGGUGGAGAUCAGUGUCCCCACGUGCCAGGGGGGCCUGCCAGAGACAGAGCCAAGGGAGAGGGUCUUGGGGGGCCCUGAUGUCAGCGGGAUGGUGGCCAGGAUCCCCAAAGUGGACCUUUCUCUGGGGAAGGCACUGCCGGGAGGGGAAGGAGCGGCAGAGAGCAGCUUGGCUGUGAAGGGCCAGCCUUUGCCAAAAGUUGGCCUGGAAGUGGAGGGGGCCAAAGUGAAGAUGCCCUCUGUCGAAAUCCCAUCCGUCAAGAUCCCAGACAUGACCCUCGAGGGCAGCAAAGCCCUGGAGGCGGAGGCUAGUAUCAAGGCGCCCAGAUUUACACUUCCCAAGUUCAGCAUCCCUGGCCCCAAAGCCUGGAAGGCCAGCCCAGAGGCCUCCGCACCCGAGGCGGAGGGUGGCAUGGAAGCCAAGCUGAAAGUGCCAAAGUUUGGGAUUUCCUUUCCCAAAUCGAAAGUGGAUGUGGAAGGGACGGCACACAAGGCAAGGGCCCUUGAGGCUCACGGGGGCGUGGAGCUGCCGGUAGUGGAUGUCGCAGUGCCGGCGGUGGACGUGGACCUCGGCCUCCCUGCGUGGCCCAGUGAAGAGCCUUCUGCCGCCCCCUUGCCCGAGGUUGGCAUCGAGGUGCCCGACAUCAAGCUGAAAGUACCCAAGUUUUCGCUGGCCAAAUUCCGGGGCAAAGGCAAGGAAGGGGACCUGGCAUUUGAGAGCCAGGAGGGCAAGUUGAGAGGGAGCAGGGAGGCCCUGGCAGGAGACCUGGGCACAAAAGUGCCCGAAAAGGAGGCCAAAGCCUCCAAGUUCAAGAUGCCCUCGUUCGGCCUCAUGCGCAGGGACACAGCGGGCAUGGAAGCAGAAGCCAAGAAAGCCCCUGGCAGCCCCAAGGAGAAGCCCAAGGGGGGCCCCUUUGCCAAGAUGCCCAAGCUGAAGCUCUCCUCCCCCAAGGUGGAAGCAGACCGAGGGAAGCUGGCACACCUCCAGGCCCCGCCCGAGCUUGAAGUGAAGGUUCCCCAGGUGGAGCUGCCCAGAAUCAGUGCCAGGGAUGGGGUGGGGCUGGCUGUGGGUGCAGAGAGCCCCACCCUCAAGGUGAAAGUGCCCUCUCUGGAGAUCUCCAUGCCCAGCAGCAGAGGUGAAGGGGAGAAGCCGGUGGUGGACGUUUCGGAGGCCGACCUCCGCGGAUACGAGGGGGAGCUGAAGAUCCCCAGGGUACCCUCCGUGGGCAUUUCCACCCCCAAACUAGAGCUGGAAGUGAGUUUACCCACAGCCGGGGUGGAAGAACCCACACAGCCAGCAGAGGCCAAGAUCCAGCUGCCGCAGGUGGAGCUGCCAAGGCUUGGGAGAGCGGAGGAGGGCGGGGCAGAGGUGCAGCUGCUUGGGGGGCACAGGCUCAGCUUCGGGGAGGAGGGUGGGGAUGGGGCGCUUGAUACCUCCCUCCUGGGCACCAAGAUCCGGUUGCCCAGAGUGGACCUCUCCUUGCCCAAGGGCCGCUUGUCAGAUACAGAGCUGCCCCUGACGGCAGAGGGGGGAGAGGUGGGCCCCGAAGGGUCAGAAGCCAAGUUCCGGAUGCCUUCAGUGGGGCUGCCCAAGUUCUCUGCCCCCCGAGUGAAGGCCCCUGAGGUGGAGCUGGAUGUGGGCUCGGAAGCAGGGAAGGGGGUACGCGCCAAAGCUGGGGGCCCGGUCAUCAGGCUGGCCAAAUUUGGGGGCUCCACCUCGGACAGGGAAGCAGAAGCAGAGGCGGAUUCGCCCCGAGUUCCACAGCUGGAGCUGAAGGCCCCCAAACUGAGAGGCAGCGCAGAGGCGCUCAGCCCCGAGGCCAAGGAAGCAGCCCGGAUCAAGAUGCCCUCUGUGCCCAUUGGCUUUGGCCUUGCCAAGGGGGAAGCGGAGGCCCGGGGGUCCCCCGAGGAGGGAAAGUUCAAAAUCAAGCUCCCGUCCCUGGGCCUCUCCAAAGCAGGUGCAGACACCCAGCCCCUCUGCCCCCCGCCUGAAGGGGCGGACUUCUCCUUCAAGAUGCCACAGAUCGCCCUGCCAGACGUGGGCUUCUCAGUGGACCAGGAGGGUAAGAGUGAGGCUGCCCGGCGGGAAGCAGGGAAGCUGCCAGAUCUGGAUGUGGAAGUGGGAGGGUUCGAGGCCAGGCUGAAGGCGCCCCAGAUCAAGGUGCCAGCUGUGGAGCUGUUGGGCUCCCAGGGGGAUGGCUCUCCCUCUCCAGGCCGGCGGGGCUCAGGCGGAGGCGAGGCGGAGGGGAAGAGAGCAGCCUUCCACGUGCCCGGCGUGGAGCUCUCGGCCCCCAGCCUCAAGGCGCAUGCAGAGUACCAAGUGGAGGAGGCCCAGCUCCGCCAUGGCAGCUCGCAGGAGCUGAGGGGGGGCCGAGGUUUGGAGACCCCUGAGGCGGAGGCAGGGAAGAGGUACAAGGUGAAAAUCCCGAAGUUUGGGCUGUCUUUGCCCAAAGGGGGAGCAGAAGGUGGGGAAGGAGGACCCCCUGGGCACGAGGGGGAGGCCAAGGUCAAGAGGCCCACGUUUGGGCUGGGGAGGGCCAAGGGCAGAGGGGCAGAGGGGCUCCUGGAGGGGGAGGGGGAGGAGGCAGAUGGCAGUAAGCGGGGGAUGGCCAAGAUGAAGCUGAAGCCCCCCACCUUUGGGCUCUCCCUCUCACCCAAGGCGAAGGGAGGUGGUGCUGAAGUGAAUGGGGAGCUGGAGGACGGCUCUCCCCUGAAGAUGAAGGUGCCCAAGCUAGGCUUCUCCAAGGGCGAGGGGGGUGCCCAAGUCAAUGGGGAGCAGGCGGGGGCCUCUCUGCACAAUGGGGCCAAGCUGGGCAAGAUCCGCCUGCCGCAGGUGGAGCUCUCCUCCCCGCCCAAGAUGGCAGGAGCAGACUUGGAGCUGAACCUGGAGCUGGUGCGGGCAGAGGAGGCCAAGGACGAAGCCCCGGGGGCCGGCAGGGGAGCCUUGGCGGCCCUCAAGGCGGCCAAGUUCAAGUCACCCAAGAUCUCCUUCUCGGGCUUCAGGAAGCGCACUGGGGAGGGGGCUGCUGGGGCCGUGGUCUCCUCGGCUGCCCGGGUGGAGAUGUCUUCUCUGGAAGCGGCUGAGAUGGGCGCCAAAGGGGAGAGGUCCCCAAAGUCCCGGUUCCCCAAGGUGGCCCUGAGCCCCAAAGCUCAAGGGGGCCUGGAGGGGGGCUCCGAGCAGGGCGAGGGGGGCUUGAGGAUCAAACUGCCCUCGGUGGGCUUCUCUGGGGAGCAUGAGGGGCAAGUCUUGGAGGGCAGAGCGACGGGGGCCAGAGGAGAGGCAGGGGAGGCGACUGUGUGAGUGGGACAGUUGCCCAGGGCCCUCCUGCACCCUGCCCCACUUCCUGUGUAAUGCUUAGCACUAACCACAAGGGGGCACCGGCCUUGGGAAGCAAUCAGAGGCACCCCAGUCAGUCGAGGCUUCCCACCUGCUUUUGCAAGCCUGCCAUGAAGGCGCCACCCUCCUCACAGCCGGGGGGUGGUGGUUUCUUUUCGUAAAAAACCAAUGUGAAUAAAUACCCCCCCAGUGCCACCCCCUGGCUGGUCUUCCUGUCUUCAGAGGCCCCCACCCCGCCCAGGAGAAUCUAAUGCAUCUUCGGUUGAGAGUGUCCAGCAAGGAGAUUGGAGAUGGUUGCCAGUCAAAGGGUAAUUUAAGACGCAGGGGAAAAAAGAGCUCCGCUCCUCCCCUCUUGUGGAAAUGGGGGUGGGCGGGGCAGCUUCAGGGAAAAUUUCCAGGAAUCCUGGAAGAUGACACUCCAGACUCAUCUAGUCCAACCCCUGCAAUUCAGGAACCCCGGUUCUUAGUCCCGCCACCUCCCUUGAACUGAGCAACUCAGAUGCCUGAAGCAGCGCCCCGUUGGAGAGCAGCCUGGAGCUGGCCGGACCUUUUGGACGGCUGUUUCCAUCCCCCCUGCCUUCUGCUGGCAGGCCCAGUUGGGAGUUGUAGUCCAAAGCGGAUUGAGGGGGCUGGUCCUGGGGGGCCGGCUGAAGCCAUUGUGCUGGCAAGGCCUCCUGGGCCAACCCCCUCCCCCAAUAUCGGGCCUGAGUGUUUCUGUGGCUCUUGUGAGUCCGAGAUCAUGGAGUUGAAGAGACCCCAAGGGUCAUCUAGGCCCACCCCCUGCAAUGCAGGAACGGCAGCUGAAAUGUUCCCUUGUGGGGUCUGGACUAGGGGGUGUUUCAGGUGGUUUUCAAAUUGGAACUAACUUUUGGCACAAAGUGGGGGGGGGGCUCUCUUCAGUGCCAGGAUCCAGGGUGCUCUCAUGACCUGGGAGCCAAUCCUUCACCACUCCCUAUAAAAUGGGUCUUCCCCCCAUCUUCUCCUUGCAGGACCCCCUUGCCUUCCUCUUUGCUCAGAGUCAGAACCAACUCUCUCUCAAGGGACCCUGGAGCCAAACCCUUCCAGAGUUUUCUCUUUCUUCUCCCACUCCUCAGCAUUUCCUUCAUUGGGGGGGGGGAGUUCGCCAGCAGUCCCCAACUUUACUUGAAUUCGGAAGAUAGGAACAAGGGCUAAAUUGUGACUUGCACCCACCCACUGACCCUCUGCCUUGAUUUCAAACAGCCAUGAAUUCAUCCCAGACCCACAAAUGUAAAAUAUCUCCUGAGUUCCCCCAAAGGGGGGCCACUUUCAGGUGUGUCAGUGAGGGAGGGGGUGGGGUGCAGGGAACACGUUCAGGUGUUGACAUGCCAGGAAGGGGCAGCGGGGGGGGGGACAGACGUCCUCUAGCUUCUCAAGCAAAGGGUGGGAAGGAAUACUUUCUUAUUGCUCUUGAGAUGUACAGAAAUCUGUUGUUCUAACUUUUAACAACACAGGCCUGCUGUGAUGGGCUUCAUUUUUCCCCCUUGCCACUAAAAAAUUCCAGUUAACUGCCUCUUUGCCGAUUGUUAUGUUUAAUUACUUUUUUUAAGGUAAAGAUGUUAGGCUGUAUCUUUGCUACACUGUACUUACUGCUGUUUUUUUUCUAUUCUGGGUUUGAAUAAAAAUUAAUCUGUG